AGGACUCAGGUGUUAGCAGUUUACUGUGCAGCUGGUAACAUGGUGUUCAUGAAGCUUGUGGUUCUUCUGGUGCUCUCCACCUGCUGCUGGGCUGAGGAGGAACUGUCCGUCUCUGAGCUCCUGUGGAAGGCCAACAAGGAUGUUGUGCAUACGAAGGAUGAACCCCUUGUCAUAGAUGACAUUGCUUAUGACAACGAAAAUGAGAGGAACGCUGAUCAAUGCACAUCCAGUGGUUGCAUGUGGCCCAGAUCUGCUGAUGGCAGGGUCUAUGUGCCGUACGUCAUCGCCAAUCAUUACUCUUCUCGCGAGCUGUCCAUCAUUCAGCGUGGCCUGGAUUCAUUCAGUGAAUUCUCCUGUAUCCGCUUCGUCAAACACAACGGCCACAGAGACUAUCUGAGCAUCCAGUCCCACAAUGGGUGCUACUCCUAUGUUGGUCGCCGUGGUUAUAGCCAGACGGUGUCUUUGGACCGCCAGGGUUGCAUUUACCACAGCACCGUCCAGCAUGAGUUGCUUCACGCCCUCGGCUUCAACCAUGAGCAGUGUCGCUCCGACAGGGACCAGUACAUCCGAGUCCUGUGGGAAAACAUCCAGUCUGGUUUGGCCUAUGCCUUUGAUAAGCUGGACACUCUGAACCUGAACACCCCCUACGACUACAACUCCGUCAUGCAGUACCACAGGUAUGCUUUCUCUGCCAACAAUAAACCCACCAUGGAGCCCAUUCCAGACCCAAAUGUUGCCUUUGGCACUGCUACUCAGAUGAGCAAGAAUGACAUCGACAGACUGAACAGACUGUACCAGUGUAAAGUUUAGCAUUAAAGAAACACAACACACAUAUUCGGUGAUAACAGUCCUGACUUGACAACAGAGGCCCUUUGGACAAAAAAAGACGUAAUUUGUGUGGAUGUUCACAAUCAUUUAAGGCUUUGUAUUGACAAUAAAUCAUUGAUUGAUGCA